UCGGCACACACCAGCGAGGCCCGGAUGUACGUAUGCGGUAUCGUUGCUCGUGGGUCCGGACGAGCCUAGUUGCGUCUGUCGCAACUCGGGAAAUAUCGGAAGAUUGCCGGGCCGGUACAAAUGUCUUCACGUGGAUCUACUAUAUUGCUUUUUAUAUCAUUCUGAGCAGCUUUUCUUCUUACGCCCACAACCUGCGACGCCCAGUGACAUUUCCCGCGAAAAGGCUCCCGAAGCGAUCUCCUGACAGUUAACCCCACAUCUUACGCUUCUCUCACGCCCGACCAUAUCUUUCGCUGCACGCGACCCCGGGGCUUUCCAUCAGCUCUGUCCAAGACCUCAGGCCUUAUCCGACCCGAAUAUGAGCAUGUCUAUGGAGGACUUGUGCUCGUCCAUGUCUGGCAGCCAUGUUGGGCAGGAGGCCUUGGAUCUGGCGUCUUUGCAGCUGCAACUAGCGCAAAGUCUUUUUU